AUGUCGCUUUUCGUUGUGACAGUGCAGGGGGUGGCUGUUCUGUUUGUCAGGUUCUUGCAGAAGUUCUUUGCGGCCUUCCCGCAGUACCAGAACACGAACUUCUACAUCUUCGGUGAGUCCUACGCAGGCGAUGCUUUUACCAGCGCCCACCCGUGGUAUCCGGAGAUGGGCCACUUCGGUGGGCAGCAAGAGGGUGGCCAUGCGCCGCAGAACGUGAUCAGCAAGGGGGACUACUACAUCAUGACGAAGGGCCUGGUGCCAGCCUGCGAGCUGGGCAUCGUGGCCUGCAACCGAGGCGUCGACCCGGACCCCACCAGCGGGGGCGUGGUGAACGCCUCGGCGUGCUUUGCGGCCUACGACGCGUGCAACUUCAUGGCGAUCAUGCCCUACGAACUCACCGGCAAGAAUCCCUACGACAUGCGCAAGAUGUGCACCCAUGGCCGUUUGUGCUAUGACUUUGACAUGAUUGGCACAUACCUCAACAAGCCCGAGGUGCAAACGCAGCUAGGUGUGCAAAAGAAAUGGGGAUCUUGCAACUAUGCCGUGGAUCUCUCCUUCGUGGCUGCUGGUGAUUGGCUCCUCCGCUAUCAGAAUCUCUUGCCAGAUCUUCUGGCAGAUGGCAUUGAUGUGCUGAUCUAUGCAGGCGAUGUGGACUACAUCUGCAAUUGGCUUGGAAACAAGGCGUCGGCCCGAAACGCUGGGUGGGUGGGUACCACUAGGUGUCAGGCUGAGACGGUUCGAAAACCCGCGUGUUCUUCUUCCCAGGUGGCCAAGCUCCGCUCGUCCAAUGGCUUGAACUUCAUGCAAGUCUUCGAGGCGCCUUUCGAGCCUUCGGCGAAGAACGUCACGAAAGGACCCGCCGAGUGGGUUGGGGGGAACACCUCGGAGUUCAGAGCAUCAGAAGGCCCCAACACACGGGUUUCGGAUGGAUUUCAGAAGGUACCCUUGUGGCAAUGGAUGAAGGGUUGUAGAGUCUUCCACAAAAAAAGACACCUUCGGAGCUCCCGAGCUCCCCGCUGCAUCGCUUUUUUGGUGUCCCUCCAGUCCUGA